GCUUCGGGGGCCCGCGGCGCUGUGAGUGGGUCCGGCGGGACAUUCCUGCCUCCGCACGCGUGCACAGUGCGCGCUCUCUGGGAAGGGGGACCAGGGGCUUCGGGGUCACAGGUCAGCGUAUGAUCAGGGGCCCCCUAGGGCCGGAGCCAGGAAUUCAGGAAGACAGGGUAGGGGUGUCGGAGGUGCACAGUUCCCCCGGCGUCCGUGAGGUCCAGGGUCAGCGCCCGCCACCCCGCAGCGCAUGGCCUUUCCCCGCCUGUGGGCCGCAGUGCUGAGAGCCUGGGGACGGUGGACGGCGUGCCCAGGACCGCGCAUGCCCGGCCUGCCCCCUAUGGCUGGAAAACAGGUACCACCAGCGCUGGCUUCACACCAACAGGACUGGAAGGUCCGAGGUGGCUGGGUCUGGGAGGAGACGGAGCAUCCUUCCAAGAGGGUCAAGGGCGAUGAGGAUGAAGAGCGACCACGCAAGCUGCCAAAGCGCAAAAUUGUCCUGCUCGUGGCCUAUUCGGGCAAGGGCUACUACGGCAUGCAGAGGAAUCUGGGGUCUUCUCAGUUCAGGACCAUCGAAGACGACUUAGUAUCUGCCCUAGUCCAGGCAGGUUGUAUCCCUGAAAACCAUGGCACAGAUAUGAAGAAGAUGUCCUUCCAGCGAUGUUCUCGCACAGACAAGGGUGUGUCUGCAGCUGGGCAGGUAGUAUCCCUAAAGGUGAGGCUAAUUGAUGACAUUCUGGAAAAGAUCAACAGCCACCUUCCAUCCCACAUUAGGAUUCUGGGAUUGAAGAGGGUCACAGGCGGGUUCAACUCCAAGAACAAGUGUGAUGCCAGGACCUACUGCUACAUGCUGCCUACCUUUGCUUUUGCUCACAAAGACCGGGAUGUACAGGAUGAGAGCUAUCGCCUGAGCGCAGAGACCCUGCAGCAGGUCAACCGGCUUCUGGCCUGCUACAAAGGCACCCAUAACUUCCACAACUUCACCUCGCAGAAGGGGCCGAGAGAACCCAGUGCACGCCGCUAUAUUCUGGAGAUGUACUGCGAGGAGCCCUUUGUACGUGAGGGCCUGGAGUUUGCUGUGAUCAAGGUGAAGGGCCAGAGCUUCAUGCUGCACCAGAUCCGGAAGAUGGUUGGCCUGGUGGUCGCCAUUGUGAAGGGUUAUGCCCCUGAGAGUGUGCUGGAGCGCAGCUGGGGUGAGGAGAAGGUGCAUGUACCCAUGGCACCUGGGCUUGGCUUGAUCCUGGAGAGGGUGCACUUCGAGAAGUACAAUCAGCGCUUUGGUGGUGACGGGCUGCAUGAGCCCCUGGACUGGACGCAGGAGGAAGGGAAGGUGGCUGCUUUCAAGGAGCAAUGCAUCUACCCCACCAUUGUCAGCACUGAGAGGGAUGAGCGCUCCAUGGCCCAGUGGCUCAGCACUCUGCCUCUCCACAACUUCAGUGACACGGAACUUGGACCAGCUGGCACAGGUGCCGAGGUGCCCAGUUCCUUGGAGGGCAGUGAAGGAGAUGGAGACACUGACUGAAACUACAGAUGUUGGCACUGCUGUGAGUGCUGAGGCUGUAAUGUACGCACCCGCCUGUCAGCCCGGACGGGGGCCAGGAAUUCUGGGGCCAGCUUGUGGAUGUAGCCUGGCUUCUUCACCUCAGGGUAUUAAAUUCUUAUCCCAGGAAUCAGCUGCCUCUUUUUAGCCCACGCACUGUGUGAAUACACCUUAGCAUGAAAGGACACUUUUCUAAAAAAAAAAAAAAAAAAAUUAAAUAUGUUUGGCUUAGUGAA